AUGCCGCCCCGACGACCGCAUAAGAAAUCCCGGAAUGGGUGCGACCAAUGUAAGAAACGAAGAGUAAAGUGUGAUGAAAACGGACCACCUUGUUUACAGUGUGCCCGGAGGGAGCUGCCCUGCGACUAUUCUCGUGCUGUCAAACGCAGCGCCCCGAACCCAGCAACCAGCCUCGCUAGACCUAUCGAAGGGCCAUGCUACGAACCCUCGCUUCCCUCAAACUCACUCUCGCCAGUUAGCGCGAGCCCGUUUGCGCGGAAGACCGCAUUACGGGAUCUAGAACUGAUGCACAAGUUCUCCACAGAGACAUACAAAAGUCUUUCCAUCGAGGAUUCAGAAGAACAUGUGUGGCAGAUGGUCCUGCCGCGGAAAGCUCUAGGAUAUGAUUUUCUCAUGAAUGGCAUGCUAGCCCUGGCUUCCUUGCAUAUCGCAACCAGCUUGUCCCCCCCAGCAGCAUUGUCUUACAUUGAUACCGCGCUCGAGUACUACAACAUGGCAAUUGCACCGUUUCGACAGGCCCUAGAUAACAUAACGCCUGUGAAUUGCGAGCCUGUACUCGCCCAUUCAGUGAUAACCACCGCUUUGGGAAUCGCUCUCCCGCAGAUGACCGCAGACCACGAACAAGGGAGCAGUAUGACGGAAAACAUUAUUUUCGUCUUUGAACUACUCCAGGGAGCUGGGAAUAUAUUCAAAAUCACUAGAUCAUGGCUUCGUGAAGGAACAAUCUUUGCAUCCAAAUCUGACUUUUGGGCCCGACCGGCAGCAGAUCGUCUCGACGACGAUAAGGAAUUGGCUCUUAAGCGCCUCGCUUGUCUGAAUGACGAUACGCUGGAUACAGCGAAUCCGGAAAAGCACCGUAUUAACCAGGACGCUAUCAGCUUGCUGCAUCGCUGCUUUCGCCGUUUCACCCUGAGCUCCACCAUCGACGCGGUCCUGGCCUGGUUGGCCAUGGUUGAUAAAGAUUUUGUCGUUGCGGUGCAGCGUCGAGAACCGCUGCCUGUGUUGAUUUUAAUGCAUUGGGGCGUGCUCUUGCAUGAACUUGACGGCCGACGAUGGUGGGCGAGGAAUUCAGGUAAGGCGCUGAUUUUUGAGCUGUCGACGGCCAUUGAGCCCCAGGGCGUCCAGUGGGAGGAAGCACUUCACUGGCCACAGCGCUCGAUUGGUUCAUAGCUCAGGUGGUUCUGUAUAUCUGUAUAUACCUAUGCUAAGGAGGCAUGUCGUCCAGAGGAAUGAUCUUGUUGACUAUUCUUGGGAGCGAUACUGCACGUUAUCUACGAAGUGGCGGUUCUUUGCUGAUAUAAUGAAUUCAUCGAUAGUUUUUU